AAUCAUACGCAACGUCACACUACGCUACGCCACGCGGCACCACACCCACAAGCACACAUACUACACAACUACAUACUAUAUCAUCGUAAAAAUCGUAGUAAGAAAAGGUACUCACAAUGAAUUUAAUGUUUCGUAAGCAUUUUCGCGAAGGUGGAGGUGGAAAGUCUGGUGGCGGCGGCAGUAAGCUGCAACCGAAGGCCAAUCGUACGAAACGAUCACGCGAUAUGGGCGCUCAACAGGAGGAGAUCCAUUAUCGGACGCAUUUAUUUUUUGCACCCAGUCGCCCAGGCGUGGAUGUGGGGGAAGCGAAUUUUGGUGCCGACAAUACGGCUGGCACAUCGGGUGCUGUGCGCUCCGAACCGAUUUCGUUGUCAGCGCUGGAUCGUGACUGCUUUAUUAUACCGGUACAUAGUGUCAGUCGCUUUCUGCCAGCGGGUAUACCCUUACCCGCACCAUCGGCCGAUGGUAAAACCAAUAGUCCACUCAGUAUACUCGAGGUUUCCGAUCCGAAGCUAUGUAUACUCGUACAUUUGAUGAGCCCAUUGGAACCCAUCGAUCCAAUGCUGGAGUCACCAUUAGCACAUCCAUUGCUGAAGCAACGCGCCGUUGCAGCGGAACUCGUAUCGGAGGUGCAGCAGGCGAAUACGGCGGUGGGUGGCAUGCUCUUGGCCAAUAUGGAGAAAAACGCGGACUUCCCAUUCAUCUCUUACUAUUUAAUUAACACUACACAAACGGAUCCAUCGAACUUUUACUCGGGCAUACGCGUUUCAUCCCUGUCGAAAUUCGAGCCGAAAGCACUAAAGUAA